AUGAGAUAUUUUCUGCCGUACAUCAAAGACAAGUUUAUAAACGAGGAAUGUUGCAUAUGCAGCGAAGAGUUUGUGCAAAGUUCCUUCAUCUACGAAAUGGGUUGCAGACACGCAUUCCAUUUCAAAUGUUUGGACAUGUGGCUCGAAAACGAAGGCAGUUGUCCAUGUUGCCGCAAAGAUAUUGCCUUUAAAAGGGAGAAAGAUUCCAACUACUACUACUUCAUUGAUAACAAAGAAGAUGGCAGUAUACUCGUCAUCAUCUACAUCGUUAUUAAACCUUUUCAGUAUGAACUUGAUGAUAUUAUAUAA